CCUUUUAAGUUCCCGAUCUCCUUAUACUUCUCAAAGUCUCUUAGAGAGAGAGAGAAGCUUCGAUCUUUACUCCCUCUGUUUUGCUCUGUUCUGUGCCAAUGGAGAGGCACAGAUGCAAGCUCUGCUCCAGAAGUUUUGCUAAUGGCCGAGCUUUGGGUGGCCACAUGAAGGCUCAUUUGGCCACCCUGCCUCUUCCGCCGAAGCCGCAGCAGCAACUCGCUGACCGGGCCGAGUCAGCCUCGUCUUCGUCGUCUUCGUCGGGUGAAGAGCAAGAAGAUGGAGAGGCAGAGGAGAAGGCUUUGGUUUAUGGGUUAAGAGAGAAUCCUAAGAAAAGUUUCAGACUUGCAGAUCCUGAGUUCUCUUUUGCAGUCGAUGCUGGCUCUGUGGUCCAGGACAGAGAGAGCGAGACCGAGUCAAAGAACCCAACUCGCCGGCGAUCCAAGCGAAAUCGGAAACCGGGUGUUGUUGGAGAAAGUCAGAGUACAACUCCCGACUUGGAAUUGGUGAAGAAGGCGAAGUUGAGAAAACCCAGUUUGUCAGAGUCGCCGGAAGCGAUGAGUUCGGUGUCCGAUACUUCGCCGGAGGAAGAUGUUGCCAUGUGCCUCAUGAUGCUUUCAAGGGACAUCAGGAUGAGAAGAAACAACGGGGAACAAGAUCAAGAACAUGGUAAAAAACAAGUAGAACGAUCGAUCAAGAUUAAGGAACAGGAAGAACCAGAGGAGAUCAAAAUUCGGAGGGUUCGGGGAAAGCAUCGGUGUGAGAAAUGUAGGAAGACUUUUCGAUCUUAUCAAGCUUUGGGAAGUCACAAAACCAUUUGCUACAGAGACGAAGCCGGCCAUGGCGGUAAUGAGAGAAUCUUCGAAUGCCCAUUUUGCGACAAAGUGUUUGGCUCUGGACAAGCACUUGGCGGCCAUAAGAGAUCUCAUCUCCUGGCUUCUUCAGCAACUGCUGCUGCAAAUGCUGCUGCUUCUGCUUCUGCUUCUGCUGCAGCAAGUUCUUCGAAAUUCGAGAUCAGUGUGAUAGAUCUCAACUUGCUUCCUCCGGCAGAGGAAGACGAUUUCAGCGUCGUCUCUGAUGCAUAGAUGUUUGAUCUUCUGAUCUCUAAGAUCCAGGUUUAAAAUAUCAUCAUGUUUUCUUCAAUUGGGUAAAACCAAAAAUUUGUUCCAUAUAGUUCGUUAGUUUACAACAUUUGUUUACUGUUUUUUUAGUACAUUAAUGGUUUUUUUUUUUGUUGAAGCUUCUGGUGAUUCAUUCAUGGCUGCUGACAAUUAUUUAUGUUUAAGAUUUUAGUGGCUACAAACAAAAAUUCAUGAGUUGUCUGGAUAUUUUGUCAUGGGAAAAAUUCAAAGUAUAUAUCUUUGUUGUUACGGCAAAUUCAAGUGUUGUUCACUGUGACAACCGAUUAGGUAUAGAGGAACCCCACUUCAUGUGUACCCCAUUUUUACUGAUAAAAAGUGUUUCUGAAUUCUGGGUUUGCUUGUGGACCAAGAGAAGUUGGUCUUUCAAAGUACACAAGUGUUUCAGUACUGUUAACAUGCCCAGUUGCCCACCU